UGUGAAUUCUUGGAUAGCAAGGCAAAAAAAAGUUGCCAAGGGAUGUUGUUAUUUAUUUUACAAACAGAACAGUGAGAAAUCAGACUUUGCAAGCUUCAUAUAAGGGGGAGAAGAUUCAGAUUGCUGGUCAAGAUAUUUUGAUAUUAAAGGAAAUUCCACCAAAAAUGUUAAGGGCUAGGAAGGAAUUUGCCUUCCUGGUGAAUGAACUUAAAAAACAUCAGAUUGAAUAUAGAUGGGAUAUUCCAACUGGUAUAAUAGUAUAUUAUGCAGGGAAAGUACAUCGUUUCAAUACAGUUGGAAAAGCAAGAUAAUUUUAUGUUGAGGUAUUAAAAGUUGGAAGUCUUCCCCCAUUGGAAGCUAGAAGAAGGGGGCUGAAGUGAAGGAAAGAGAAGUGAAGCAGGUACAGGAACAGAUUGUGAUGGAAGAAGAUUUAUUACAAGUGUUGGAAAUACCUACGACGGGUUUAGAUUCAAAAGAACAAAGGCUGACAAGAGCUGCUGCUAAACGCAAGGAACAAGAGAUGAAGGCACAACAACAACUGGCAACUACUACAACGGAAACAGUGGGAGGAGCAAGGCCUAAAGUAAAAUGUGAUCUGCGGCUGGUGUUCCAAAAGUUUCCUUCGGCCGAUAAUGGCAAUUAAACUAUUAUCUUGGAAUGUUAAUGGCCUGAAUUCACCGUAGAAGAGAAGGAAAGUAUUUCAUUAUUUGAAGGGGGGACUUCUUGACCUCUGUAGAUCUCAUGGAAGCUUAUCUGCAUGUACCGAUACACCAAGAGCACAGACAGUAUCUGAGGUUCUGUUACAAAGGACAACACCUGCAAUACAGAGCCCUUCCCUUUGGUCUGGUAUCAGCACCCAAAGUGUUCACAAAAAUUUUAGCUGCGGAGCAGACCCAUCUGCCUGCAGGCGUACCUGGACGACAUUUUAAUACAAUCUACGUCCAGGGAGUAGGCGAAGGAAGAUCUGAGGGCCACGAUCCAGUGCCUAGAUAAUCAUGGGUUUUCUAUAAAUCUCAGGAAAAGUCAUCUUCAACCAGCAAAUCAGAUAUUGCAUCUGGGCGCCAAGAUAGACACUCUCAUUUGUCAGGUUUUUCUAUCUCCAGAGAGAUUGAACAGCAUCAGGGAUCUGAUAGAUCAGAUAGGCCAGGACAGACGGGUGUCAUUAACACAACUGUCAAAACUGUUGGGCAAGAUGAUUUCUUGCAUUGGGAUCGUACCUUGGGCCAGGUUCCAUGCCAGACCUCUUCAGUGGUUCAUGGUACCGUUUCAAAAAACAGAGUGAGCCACCUCCAGGACCAAAAUCAAGAUUCCGGGUCCAGUCAGGUCAUCCCUCCACUGGUGGACAUCCAGGCAGAUGUCCAGGGACUGUUUGUUCACAGAACAAGAGUUGAUAAGAGUCACGACAGAUGCCAGUCUGAUAGGAUGGGGAGCACACUGCCUGAAUCAGGUAACCCGGGGGACCUGGUCCUUGUCAGAAGUUCGCAGAAGCAUAAAUUGGUUAGAAUUGAGGGCAGCAUGAUUGGCACUCAAGAAAUUCAGACACAUAAUCAGGGACAGACAUGUCUUACUCAUGACCGACAAUACCAUGGUCAAGGCUCAUAUCAACAGACAAGGGGGGACGAGUCCAGAAGUCUGAUGGAGGAGAUAACAACACUUUGUCACUGGGCAGAACGCAAUCUAGCUUCCCUCAAAGCAGAAUACAUUGCUGGGAUGGACAACGUCAGGGUAGAUUGGUUGAGCAGGGCACCCAUAGGCAACUGGGAGUGGCGCUUAUUACCAGAACUUUUUGAGGAGAUAAUGAGGCGGUUCAGGCAACCGAGAAUCGAUCUCUUCGCAUCGUCCAAGAACAAUCAGCUGCCCCGGUUUUUCUCCCGGUUUCAGGAACAGGGAGUGGAGGGAGUCGAUGCCCUUCAUUGGAGGUAGCCUCAGGGCUUCUUGUAUGCAUUUCCCCUGUACAGGAUUGUACAGUACAGGGCAGAAGUGAUACUCAUUGCCCCACACUGGCCCAGACGCCCAUGGUUUCCGAUCUGGUGAGUUUGUCCAGCGCGCCUCCAUGGAAGAUACCGGCGGAAAGGGUCGCUCUCACCCAGGGACCAAUUCUGCAUCCAGAGCCGCAGUGGUUACAGCUGACUGCUUGGCGGUUGAGCGGAGCUUACUGGAAGGGCGGCACUCCUCCUCAGUGGUGAUUGAGACAUUAAAAGCAGCCAGAUGACCAUCCACCAGAUGCAUUUACUUGGCGUACGUUCAAUAGGUGGUGUGGGAGCCGGAGGAUCACACCGACCAGAAUUAAGGUACAACAACUUUUGGACUUUUUACAGGCAGGCUUGGAGUGGGGCUUAUCCCCAGCUACCCUGCAUAGACAAGUGGCAGCCAUUGCAUCAGUCUUAGCAGCUGGUAACAGACUUUCAGUGACACAUCACCCAGAGGUGAGAAUUUUCCUAUGGGGGGCCCCCGCUAAUUUGCGACCACCAGUAGUCCACCGCUAUCCCACCUGGGACCUUCAGAAAGUUUUGCAGGCCCUCAUCAGGGAACCCUUUGAGCCACUCAGGAAGGUGAGUCUGCGUUUCUUGACUUAUAAGACACUUUUUCUAGUAGCCCUUACUUUGGCUAGAAGAAUAUCGGAACUGGCAGUACUUUCGGUAUGACAGGAUCUGUGCAUUUUCCAUUCAGAUCAGUCUUAAGAUUAGACCCAACCUUUACACCAAAAAUAAAUUCAUGGUUCCACAGGGCACAAGAGUUAGUGCUCCCGGAUUUCUGCCCGAAUCCAUCACAUGAAAGGGAGCGGAACUGUCAUAAACUAGAUGUAUGAAGGGCCUUAAGAAUAUAUAUUAAGCACACACAGGCAUUCAGAUGCACAGAGGCUCUUUUUGUCUCGUAUAUACUAUCGUCAAUGGGACAGAAACUUAGUAGUUUGUCAGUGGGCAGAUUGCUACGGGCCACCAUAGCUAGUGCCUAUGAAAUGCAGUCGUUACCACGUCCCAGGGCGGUUACAGCUCAUUCAACAAGAAGUGGCUACAACAGUAGCCUGGGCAACACAAGCAUUGGUCGCGGAGAUUUGCAGAGCGGCGACGUGGUCGACUCCAUCACCUUUCAUACAUCAUUAUCAAAUCGACGCUUAUGCUUCGGCGGAAGCAGCCUUUGGUCAUUGGGUUCUACAACAAGUUUUGGAGACGCCACUCAGUGAGGACCAGACGAUGGCCCACCCAUGAGGACUGUCUGCUUUGGUAAGUCCCGUGGCUGAAGUCACGAGUCCCCAGCAGGAAAAGGGGUGUUGGUCCUAUCUGAGACACACAUUUUCUGAUGGGGGGCUCCAGCCCCACCCUAAUCCUACUUCAGCCUCUCUGCUUUAUUGUUAAAAAAUCCAAUUUCUGUUAUUUUAAGGUGUAAAUCCAAUAAAUGAGUGUGUCCAGAGCUAUGGACACAUAUAAUGAUGAAACAAAAGUUUGUAGUUAUAAUUCCAACAUUUAAAAUGCUUUCUCCACGUCAUGCCUUUUAUCUUUGAAAAUCUAGAUUUCUAUUUGUAUUUUUUUUUUUUAAAAAAAUCCUCUUCUUCAAUGUUCAGGUAUUUUUCUGGAUGCCUGGUCACUGCUUUAACAAAUAUCUCUAAAUAUAUAUUCCCUUUGAUUUUCUUGGGGUCAGAUUGCAAUUAAAAGUUUUUUCUUACCUAGUUUGCACAACAUUCACUUUCUCUGCUCCAGCACAGUUGUAAGUAUUCUGACUGUCCCCAGCAUUGUGGCAGCCAUUUUUGCUGCUGCUGCUGCUGCUCUUUGUCUUCAGAUAAGGGGGCUUUCCUGAGCAGGGAGGAGAGAUGCAGCUCUCCUCAACCUGCCAGGUGGUCUGCCUUUACUUCACCAUUCCUCCACAGUGGCUGUGGUUCAUAUUUCAGCCCUCCGAAAAAGAGAGCUCGGAACGGGACCAUGAAGCUCAUGGUUCCUACUCCGAAGGUGCCGAAAGUACAGCUGGAAGUCCCACAGUAAUUUGCUUAACAACUACAGAGGAACAGAUGUAAGUUGGCACUGUCAUGUGACAUGCUUAAUAAUUGGGCUGCUUAGUGACUCAGAUAUCUGUUUCAAUUGUGGUAGGUUAAGUGAGGACUACUUGAACAAGGAUGUCACCAGAGGGCUUGUAGACAGUAUUUCCUGUUCUUAUUUACAGCUGAGGACUUCCAUGAGAAAAGUGGUGCUUUCUGCAUCAUUUCAUCAGUUAAAGUCCCCACAUCUCUAAAUUUAUCUCAGAAGGUUUGACUGUAACCAUUUUGGGAUAUUUUGUCAGGUUUGAAAGGCAUAGAUUUUCUCCACGUAUACAUGUGUAGGUGGCUGUAUCUAUAUUUCUCUCUGUCUGCAAUUAUAAAAUUUAUCCCCAGCACUUCAAGAUAUAAUUGAUGAUAGUCCUUUGCAUUGCUAGGAAUUUGUGAUUGACCCCAAUCAACAACUGAAUUUGAAUGGAUAUUUGAACAUGGAUCUCAAUAGCUUCAAUGUAUCAAGUGAAUCAUCAAUAUUACAAAGAGGAUGGCAAUAAGAGCACUCGGGACAACUCUAAAUAACAAGCAACGUUGAAAAGGGAAGAAAAUCGAGCCAGAAAUCAAAAUAUUUUCCAAUUCUUUCAGAAAACCACACAAUUCUCCUCCUCCAGCAGCUGUUAGACAAGAGAAAAUCAAGAAAGAUUUCAAGCUCAAAUAAGCAGAUUAUGCAGAGCGCAAGGAUAAGUUACAUGAAAAGUCAAAGGAGAUUAUUUUUCAAUGAGCAAAAAAGGGAAAUAUCUGGAAGUCAGUGGGGAGGAAAAGGUCAAUAGUAAAUCCACCUAGAGCAGACAUGAAUGCAGGCCACAUGUGAGGAAGAAAACGGCUUGAAUGAAAGCACCACUAAACAAGGCAUUGUCCAUAUUUUUGACCUCCUCAAGAAUAUCAGCUGUGGAAAAGCUCCAUAAAUUUGCCUAUUGUGGGAAAAGCACAGAUUGCAAAUCACAGCUGAUCAUGCAAUGAGGAGCUAGACAGGAGAAAAGCCAUACACAUUAUUUCAAUGUAGAAAAAACUGGUGAGAACAGCUCUCUUGUGGUUCAUAGAAGCAACCACACAAGAGGGAAGCCAUAAAAGUGCUUCCAAUGCAGUAAAUGCUAUAGUGAGCACGGCAACUGCAGAUUGUGUGAAAGUUUCAUUAGAAAUUCCCAGGACCUGAGACACUAAAGAACGCACCCUCAGGAACAACACCAUUUGACCAUCCUUUCUUUGGGAAAAGUUUCAGUGAGAAUUCCAGUCUGGUGAAGCAGCCGAGACUCGCAAAGAAGAGAAACCAUUUGAGUGUGCUAAAAAAAUUCAGUCACAAUUCCAGCCUGGUGAUGCAGCAAUAGAUUGACUCCAGAGAGAAACUGUAUGAGUGUCUAGAUUGUGGGAAAAGCUUCAUUAGAAAUGUCCAUCUCAAACAACAGAGAACUCCACAGGGAAAAAAAACAUUUGAAUGACCUUUCUGUGGGAAAAACUUCAGUCAGAAUUCCAGCCUCAAGAUAUACCAUAUGACUCACAUAGGACAAAAAUGCUUUGAAUGUCCAGAUUGUCGGAAAACUUUCAGUUGUAAUUCCAACAUUGGUGAUACACCAGAGGAAACCCAAAGGAGAGUGUCCUAUCUUUGGGAAAACUUCUUGUGAUAAUUCCAGGCUGGUGAGACACCAGAGGACUCACACAGGAGAGAAACCCUUUCAAUGUUCUGAUUGCAGGAAAUGUUUCAUUAGAAAUUCCCACCUCAUGAGACACCAGAGGUGUCACACAGGAGGGAAACCGUUUGAAUAUUCUAUUUAUGCGAAAACGUUUAGUGAUAAUUCAACAAUGGCGAAACACCAAAGAACUAAAAAAGGAGAGAAACGUUUUCAAUGUCCUGAUUGUGGGAAAACAUUCAUUAGAAAUUCCCACUUCCUGAUACACCAGAGGACUCACACAGGAGAGAAACCCUUUGAAUGUCCUAUCUGUGGGAAAAGUUUUAGUGAUAAUUCCAGGCUAGUGAGACACCAGAGGACUCACACAGGAGAGAAACCCUUUGAAUGUCCUGAUUGUGGGAAAGGUUUCAGUCAUAAUUCCAGCCUGGUUCAACACCAGAGUACUCAUACAGGAGAGAAACCCUUUGAAUGUCCUGACUGUGGAAAAGGUUUUAGUCGAAAUUCCCAACUCAUGAACCACCAGAGGACUCACACAGGAGAGAAACCCUUUGAAUGUACUAUCUGUGGGAAAAGUUUUAAUGAUAAUUCCAGCCUGAUGAAACAUCAGAAGACUCAUACAGGAGAGAAACCCUUUGAAUGUCCAGACUGUGGAAAAGGUUUUAAUGAUAAUUCCAAUCUUAUGAGACACCAGAAUAUUCACACAGGAGAGAAACCCUUUGAAUGCUCUGACUGUGGGAAAAGUUUCAGUCAGAAUUCCUGCCUGGUAAUACAUCAGAGGACUCACACAGGAGAGAAACCCUUUGAAUGUUGUGACUGUGGGAAAAGUUUCAGUCAGCAUUCCCACCUUAUAUAUCACCAGAGUACUCACACAGGAGAGAAACCUUUUGAAUGUCCAGACUGUGGAAAAGGUUUUAGUCAGAAUUCCCACCUCAUGAGACAUCAGAGGAUUCACACAGGAGAGAAACCCUUUGAAUGUGGUGACUGUGGGAAAAGUUUCAGUCAGCAUUCCCACCUUAUAUAUCACCAGAGUACUCACGCAGGAGAGAAACCUUUUGAAUGUCCAGACUGUGGAAAAGGUUUUGGUCAGAAUUCCCACCUCAUGAGACACCAGAGGAGUCACACAGGAGAGAAACCCUUUGAAUGUCCUGACUGUGGGAAAUGUUAUAGUCAGAAUUCCCACCUGGUGAUACACCAGAGGACUCACACAGGUGAGAAACCCUUUGAAUGUCCUAUCUGUGGGAAAAGCUUUAGUGAUAAUUCCAGCCUAGUGACACAUCAGAGGACUCACACAGGGGAGAAACCUUUUGAAUGUCCUGAUUGUGGGAAAAGUUUUAGUUUGAGUUCCAGCCUGGUAAGACACCAGAGGACUCACACAGGAGAGAAACCCUUUGAAUGUCCUGACUGUGGGAAACAUUACAGUCAGAAUUCCCAACUGGUGAUACACCAGAGGACUCACACAGGAGAGAAACCCUUUGAAUGUGUUAUCUGUGGGAAACGUUUCAGUCAGAAUUCCUGCCUGUCAAUACACCAGAGAAUUCACACAGGAGAGAAACCCUUUGAAUGUCCUAUCUGUGGGAAAAGCUUCAGUCAGAAUUCCCACCUUAUAUAUCAUCAGAGUACUCACGCAGUAGAGAAACCUUUUGAAUGUCCUACCUGUGGAAAAAACUUUAGUGAUAAUUCCAGUCUGGUGAGACAUCAGAGGAGUCACACAGGAGAGAAACCCUUUGGAUGUCUUGACUGUGGGAAACGUUACAGUAAGAAUUCCCACCUGGUGAUACACCAGAAGACUCACACAGAAGAGAAACCCUUUGAAUGUCCUGACUGGGAGACAUUUCAAUCGUAAUUCCCACCUGGUGAAAAACCGGACUCACACAGGAGAGAAACCCUUUGAAUCCCUUGACUGUAGGAAAAGUUUCAGUCAGAAUUCCCACCUUAUAUAUGACCAGAGUGGACUUACAGUUGUGGUGAGAACAGCUGGAAAAUAGCAGGCUCCUUGUGAAAUCCAGCCGGUAACUGCUACCAGGAGACCCUAUGGGAUCAUAGCUGCCUUGCAGGUGUGGUGAAGGAAGGAAAUUUUGAGCACAUGGAAUGUGCAGAUACCUCAUUUAGGUCUGAAGCAAGCUCUCCCAAAGGGCAGCAUGGAUGACUGCCAUUUUUCGCUGUGACAACCAGGACCACAAGAUUUUCGCUGGAGCCGGUUAUGGACAGAGCAUUGAAACUGGGUGAGAUAAUAGCAACUUUUACCUUAAAGAGCUGAUGCAAAUACAAGAAUAUUAAAAGAUAACUCCUAAGCCUAAAAUAGCGGCGGAUUGACACACGGAGAAAUAAAAACCCAGAGAAUUAAGAGGCAAGAGAAGCUAAAAAGCAUUGGAAGCUUGUGGGGGAAAAUGCUUAGACAAUUUAAAAAAUGAUUCUUUGGAGAAAUUGUUUUGACUAUUUGUAUUUUUAAACCCCCGGGAUUUAUUGAUAAUCAGCUGUUUUUAACAGACUGUAUAAUUUGAGAUUAUAAGAGUACCAGCUACUGAAUGAAGUCAAGUACUACGGCAAUUGCGGCAUACUUAGUGAAAGUGAAUUUAACACACACAAAGUCUAAUGCACAAAAUAGAAGCAAUAACAUCUGGAAGACGACCUAACCUUGACUUUAUGUUACAACUUGUAUAACUGUGAAAAUAUCUGAUAAGUUUCUUUUUCUUUCUCUUCUGAAGACUUCAAAAG